AUGGAUGCAGCUAUACAAUCAAUUAUUCGUGAUCAAGAUCCAAAGGAAUUAAAACAAUUGGUUCUCGAUCAAAGAAGAGUUCAAAAGUUAUCAGAUCUAAAGCAUUUCAUAAAGUUGGAGAAAUUGUCAUUAAAUAAUUGUCAUUUACAAUCUAUCGAAACACUACCACCUUUACCUACACUCAAAAAGCUUGAGUUAAAUGAUAAUAGAAUAUCAGGAGGUUUGGUUGCAUUAUCGGGCUUUACAAACUUGGGAUCAUUAAGUCUUAGCGGAAAUCAAAUUAAAACAUUAGAGGAUCUUUUGCCUUUAAAACAUUUAACUUCACUUCAAUAUUUGGAUUUGUUUGGAUGCCCUGUCACCACAUUGAAAGAUUAUUCACAAAAUUUGUUUCAAAUGAUUGGUUCGUUGGUUGCAUUGGAUGGUUAUUACAAGGAUGGAAAGGAAUACGAUUAUUCAGAGAGUGAUUCGGAUGGAGAUGAUGACUCUGAAGAUGACGACGACGAUGAUGAUUAUAGUGAUGACGAUGACGAUGAAGAUGAUCAAGAGGAUGAGGAAGCAGCCAACGGUCAUAAUGGAAAGACAGUCAAGAAAUCAUUGCCACAACAACAAUACCAACAACAGGUCGGCGGGGAUGAGGACGACUCUGAAGACGACGAUGAAGAGGAACAGUCCAAUUCAGACGGACUCGAUUAUCUAAGAAGAAACCCAUCAUACCAAAAACAAAUCGUGCAACAGUACGACGACAGCGAUGAUGAGGAUGACAGUCAAGACUCGGACGACUCUGACGACGACGACGAUGAUGAUGCCCAAUCAUACCAAACUACCACCACUACAACCACAACUACCACUUCAACUAGAGUCUAUCAUAGCGAUGACGACGAGGAUUCCGAUACUGACUCUACAGAUGACUCUGACGAUGAUACCACCCAACAACAACAACAAAGACCAUCCGUCGCAGAGUUGUUAAGCAAUUAUAACAAGGCAGAGGAGGAUCCAGACUACCAACCAUCGAGUGAAAGCGAGGAAGAGAUAUCAGACGACGACGAAGACGUUCACCAAGAUGGAGACGAAGAGGAAGAGGAAGAAAGUGAUUAUGAUGAAGAUAAAAUUGUUGAACACUACAAAAAACUUAGAAGUCAAGGUGUUCAACCUGGACAAGAAGAAAUCAUUAGUGAAGGAGAUGAUGAUGAUGAUGACGAGGAGGAUGAGGAGGAUGAUCAAGAAUAUGAGCAAAAGAGAAAGAGACAAGAUAAAGAUUUCCCAGCACCAAAGAAACGUGCAAUUUAA